AUGCGUCCCCGACUCACUACUCUGCUCUGCCUUGUGCUGUGUCUGAGCCAGAGGACUGGUACGCAGAAGGAGACUCUCUCCAGACCCAUUAUCUGGGCCAGACCCAGUUUUAUGGUUCCAGAGGGAAAGCAAGUGGCCAUCUGGUGCCAGGGAACACGUGCAGCUGAUGAGUACCAACUGCAUUUUGAAGGGAGCCUUUCUGCCUCUCAAAGACCGAAACCACCUGGACUGGGGAACAAAGUCAAGUUCCUCAUCCCGGCCAUGACCUCACUCACUGCAGGAAAAUACCACUGCUUCUAUCGGAGUGGGGAGCUGUGGUCAGAGUCCAGUGACCUCCUAAACCUGGUGGUAACAGGAAUGUUCGAUACACCCACCCUCUCAGUUCAUCCCGGGCCUAUGGUGAUCUCGGGAGAGCUUGUGACUUUCUAUUGCCGUCUAGAGACUGGAACAAGCACGUUCUUCCUGCUCAAGGAGGGAAGAUCCAGCCAUGUACAACACAGAUAUGGGAAUGCCCAGGCAAAGUUCUCCAUGGGUCCUGUGACCACAGCCCACAGAGGGACGUACAGGUGUUUUGGCUCUUAUAACAACCAUGUGUGGUCUUUUCCCAGUGAACCAGUGGAGCUCCUAAUCACAGGUGAGGAAACCCUCAGCUCACCCCCAUGUCCUCCUGGGAGCUCUAUAGGAACCCCAAACAACUCUUGGGACCCCGACCUUUUAACCACAGAGACAGGAUUCCAUAAAGACCUUGCCCUUUGGGACCACGCUGCCCAGAAUCUCCUUCGGAUCAGCCUGGCCUUCCUGGUCCUUAUGGCUCUAGUAUGCCUCCUGGCUGAAGAUAGGCUCCGCAGGAAGAGGACCUUUCAAAAGAAAGCUGACAGAGCUUCUCGCUGGGAAUGCAGGCGAAGGUGGAGGAACACAACCUUGAGGAAAGACCAGGAGACUCAGUGGGCAUAGGUGGAGCUGAGAACUGAUCCUUGACCUUGGGCCAUGUGAACUGUGUUGGACCCAGGAGGAGGGAGUCAUUGCAGGAAAUGAGGGACAACUUCAUAGAGUUCCGCAAAGCAUCCCAGAAGCGGCAGGAGGUGGGAUGCAGAUGCCAAAUUUCUUCUGUAGGCAAAUCCCAUUGCCUUGUUCCUAGGUUCUAAGUAUUUUUGUGCCCAGUUGCUGCAAACAAUACUUUUAACCA